AUGAACAAAGUUCAAUAUGGCCUACCUUGUCACCAUACCCUACCAGUAGAAAGGGAUCUUCAAAUCUCUGAUCUACCAGAUAGAUGGGUUAUUGAUGCUAGAAAGGAAGACAAGGCAUGGAAUCAGCCAAAUAUGCAAGUUCCUGUCAUCGAAAAACCCAAGGAGUGGAUGAGUGAAAUCAUUAAGCUUAAAGCUUUAUUCCACUCUUGUGAAGGCAGCCAGCAAGUUUUUGAUCUUUUAAAAAAAGUGAAAAAAGCUGUAAAUGACUUUGAUAGCAAAAAUGGUCAUUCUCCUAUCAAACUGCAAGCACCAGAGAACGUCAAGUAUCCAGGAAGACGCAAAGGCAGCAGCCGUCCUAAAUACUUGCCAAAAGACUUUGGUCACCCAAUGUGGAGAAAGACAAGUGUCUUGGCUGGAACUAUGGUUGAAAAGAGUUUAUCUGGCCUUAAUGUCAUAAGAAAACAAAAAAAAAAUAUUAAAAAAAUCAAAAAAGAGCCUCUCGACUCAGUCGAUGCCACCAAAAACAAAACAAAACAAGUAAAACAAGAGCCUCUCGACCUAGUUGAUGCCCCCCAAAGAAAUGGGUUCGAAAGACCCGCCACUGCCUUAGAAGAUUACCAGUAUGAUAAUCGCACCUCUGUUGGCAAGAGGGUCAAAUUCCAGCCCGGUUUUCCUGUCUCUCAUGAGAUAAUCAAUGAUGUCAAGGGUGGGUUUAGCCCUACUGCUGACGGAUGGUGUGGUUUUUGGGUUCUUGCCCACUUGAUCUACAAAGAUCAAAAUAAGUUUUCACUUGUAAAAAGAGAUAUGCUAGCUGCCCUGCCAAAAUACAAAACAUUGUACACAAAUACCUUUGGCACUGACACAAGCCAACUAGAAAAAAUUAUUCAACAUGGCUCUCAACUCGAUUAUAGCAACACCAGCAACACCAACACCAACACUAACACCAAUUUCAUCCCAGUAUGUUCAGAUGCCAGUAUGUGGUUUAACACAUCCGACUGUGCUCAACUAGCUGCAGACACAUAUACACGACCAGUCUGCGUCUACUCAGACAGCCCCAACACCCCCUCAACAACCUCUCUUCCAUUCGCCCUUCCCAACAACAAAACCAAACAACAACAACUUCUGAUUUUUAAUCCUGUUAACAGUAAUCACUGGACAACAGUUGACCUUUCCCUGAAUGAUAUCACUUUUGACCCUCGCACCUCGACCAUCUACCGUUUCAUGCCUACAUAUGAAAAUGAGACAGAAGAAUUUGUCUUUGAAGCUGAAGAAGACAACAAGUUGAAGAGAGAGGUUCCUGUUGGUGCUUUGAUCGAUCCCAAUCUGAUCAAAGUAACUCAGUAUAUUAAAUGUGAUCAUUCUGGCACAAAGGCAGAGAGUUUGAAGAAGCAAGCAGUUGAAAAUAAUGAGCUCCCUGUUGUUAAGAGUAGAAAUACCACGGGUAACAGCAUCAAGGUGGGAUGCUUGACUGCUUUAAUUGUUAAGUUCUUUAAUGGUGGUAAAGUAACAGUAGUUUACAACUGGAGGCAUAAUAACCACAAUACUCUUGAGAUUUCUGAUAUCUCUUGCUCUCGGCUCUCUGAAGAAGCCCGUAUCUGGAUCAAUGAACACGUUGAGAAAAAUCUUGACUGGAAAGCCAUUAAGGGACUUCUAAGACUAGAAGAUGUAAAACUAGAAGAGAUGGAGAACUCUAUGUCAAUGACAUCUAUUCCUUCUGCAAUGAUGAUACAGUAUAAAGAUAUUCAUAAUGCAAUUGUAGCUAGAAUCAACAACAGUGCUAGAAAGCACUACAAAGAUGAGAUAAGUACUGAAAGAUGGAUUGCUUUCCUUCAAGAAAAGGGCUACCAAACUAUGUUUGACACAUAUAAUUCUGUUGGGCCUCUUCUUGUAAGCUGGGUCUCCCCUUGGCAGAAGAAGUUUUUAGAAAAUGCAGAGGAGUGGUAUCUUGACUCAAUUCACAAAACCUGCAAGUCUUUCCUUGACAACAAGGACUGUUAUUUGAUAUCUGUGGUUGUAUACAACCCUGUAACUAACAAGGGAGUUCCAGUUGCUUUCUUUGUUAUCAGCAUUGAAUGUAGUUAUAUCAUUGCAAGAUGGUUGAACUGGUUGAAAGACACCAAUAGCUUGAAGGUCAAACAGAUCAUGAUUGACUGUAGCUCAAUAGAGCAGAAGGCUAUCCGGGAUACAUUUGGACCUUCAGUUCAAAUUCUUUUGUGCCAUUGGCAUAUCAAACGUGCUUGGGAAAGUCAUGUCAAGAAGGUGACAAUCCCCAACACCCACCUUGAGACCAAGAAUGUCCGGGCCAACAUUCGUGCUGCAUUGAACUUGAUAAUGCAUAGCAAUAAUGAAGCUGACUACAAUGCUCAUUGGCAAAAGUUCAGAUUAGACUAUGGCAUGCAGUUUUCUGUCUUAAUAUCUUAUAUGGAGGAUGCUUUAGCUGAGAGAGAUUACCAUCAGGAUACUCUUGAGACCUAUUUUGGUAUUAAGAGCAUCAGGCUUAGUGUGACUGACUCAGAACGAAAGAGAAAGGCCAGUGUUAUUGCUAUCAAAAGAGCAAAUGGUCUGGUUGAAGAAGUUGAACUGCAAAAAUUGCAAGCAUGCAAGAUGUAUUCUUGCAAAUCUUUUGGAGAGGGUUGUGAACUGGUAUACUUUAUCAAGUUCACAACCCACUUACAUGAUUGCUCUUGCCCAGACUCUGCUAGAUUGUGCAAACAUAUCUUCUUGGUCUCUCGAGUUUUUGACCUGCCAGUGACAGUAAGACGAAAUGUCGUACUGGAUUCAGCUGCGUUGUUUGGCCUUGGUGAAAACGAUGGCAAUAUUAUUUCAGAAGAUAAUAUUGCCUUGUUGGAAAACCAAAUGAGCAAAGAUGAGCAGAAAGCAAAUCUUCUGCUUAUGAAUGAAAGUUUGGAGAGAAUUUGGAAGCAGGUGUAUAUCUCUUCCAAAACCUUUGAGCAAAAAGAAGUCUUGUUGGACCUUAUGAAGAAGGUAAACUCUGUUGUUAACCCAACUAAUGAGUUGCGAAAGCAGACCUAA